AUGUCUAGGAAACCAGAGCGAGGCACAAAAGCAGCUCCCAAGGUGCUGGACCCAGAGGCCAGGAGACGCCAACUCAGACACCACCUAGACUCUCUAGAACGCGACAACUUUGUCGCCCUCAACGAAUACGAAGCCAUCAUCGCCACCGCGGCAGCAGCAGCAACCGCACAAGGACCCAUCAGUCUGACCCAUACCAACCUUGACCCCCUCGGACUCCUCCCACCUCUCAACCCCGCCGUCGGUUCCAUCGUUGGCGGUGUCGUCGGAACUGUGGGCCCAGGAGCCAUUCUAUCUCCCAAUAACCCCGGAGUCAUGUCCGGAGGAAACCGGUUCUACCAAGGAAACCGCUGA